AUGACAAGUCGAAUCAAGUCAUUGGCCACCAUUACGGCAAGAGCAAAUGUGCUUUUGCAUCAGUCACUACGAAGCUCUAUUCAAUGUCGAGUUCCGAUUACAGCCAGAACAAUACCCCGUCGAACAUUUCGCACUACCGGAAUCUACAGAGAUCAGCAUCUCCAGGGCUAUAAAGAUGCUGACAGAUACCAUGGUGAUUAUCCAACUCGAACCCAUCGUUGUGGUGAGUUGCGUGCGUCAGACGAAGGAAAGCGAGUGGUUCUCAAUGGUUGGGCACAGUCAUCAAGAGCACUUUCCCAAGAUUUGAUUUUCCUUCCUCUUCGUGACGCUUCUGGUACUACUCAACUCGUUUAUCGUACCGGGCAGCAGGCGGCUGAAUUGAGGAGCCAGAUUCAAGGCUUGGGCGCCGAGAGCGUGAUUUGUGCUCAAGGUAUCGUACGCAGGCGCCCAGACGGAAUGGCAAAUGCCAAGCAAGGAACAGGUGAAAUCGAGGUUGAAAUCGAAAAACUCUAUUGCCUCAACCCAGCAUCUCCCAACCUACCAUUCUGGCCCAACCAACCUCAGCUUCCUAAUGAAGAGGUACGUCUUCGUUACCGCUAUCUUGAUCUCCGCCGCCAAGAACUUCAAGAUAAUAUUCGGCUUCGUUCUUUAACAGCAGCCACUGUACGACAACACUUGGUAUCAAACGGGUUUGUUGAGAUUGAAACACCAAUGCUUUUCAAAUCCACACCUGAGGGUGCCCGUGAGUUCAUUGUGCCUACACGAAAGAAGGGUGCAUUUUAUGCACUUCCUCAAAGUCCUCAACAGCACAAGCAAAUGCUGAUGGCAGCUGGAUUUGACCGAUACUUUCAAAUCGCACGUUGUUUCAGAGAUGAAGAUUUACGUGCUGACAGACAGCCUGAAUUCACACAGAUUGAUCUGGAAAUGUCUUUUGUAACUCCCAAAGAUAUUCAGCAUAUCAUCGAAGGCAUGGUCACUAGCAUUUGGGACAAGGCUCUUGGUGUAAAGUUGACAAAGGAUUCAUUUCCUCAUAUGACUUAUGCCGAGGCUAUGACAAAUUAUGGAUCGGAUAAGCCUGAUGUGCGGUUUGAUAUGAAGAUUUCAGAGAUCGGGUCUUCUUUUGCAGAUGUUGUUGGAGACAAUGCUUUGGAUUGCAUGGUCAUCAAGCAAGGAACCUCUCUGUCUGGAAAAGAAUUAAAAGCCAUGCAAAAGACUUUGGAUAUUGAGAAUGAAAAGGGAUUUGCGUUUGUCAAGAUCAAUGAGAACAAUAUUGAUGCAUGGCCAGCUAAAUGUGGUGGUACCUUACGCCAAUCUACUCAGAUUGCUACCUCUGUUCCUGGCCUGAACAAAGAUUUGGGUAUUGAGCAGGGUGAUCUGGUAAUAGUCCACACCAGACCUCGGUAUCUCUAUGGUGGAAAUACUUUGAUGGGCCGUGUUAGAUUGCAUGCAGCCAGUCUGAUGCAGGAGAAAGGCCUUUUGAAGUUGGAUAAAGAAAAGUUCAAGUUCCUUUGGGUUGAAUCCUUCCCUCUGUUUACACCUGAUGAACAGGGCAUUCGUACCUGGCAGUCAACCCAUCAUCCCUUUACCGCACCCUUUAACGAGGAUAUUGCAUUGCUUUCUACAGAACCAGCCAAGGUUCGGGGCCAGCAUUACGAUCUUGUGCUGAAUGGUAUGGAGAUUGGUGGAGGAUCUAUUCGUAUUCAUUCACCUGUAAUGCAAACCUAUAUUUUCGAAAAGGUGCUCCAGCUCGAGAAGCAUGAAUACAGUCGAUUUGAUCAUUUGAUUGAUGCCUUGGGUGGUGGCUGUCCUCCUCACGGUGGCAUUGCUCUUGGGUUUGAUCGUCUAAUGGCCAUCCUUUGUGACGCCCCAUCAAUUAGAGAUGUAAUCGCUUUUCCAAAGGCGGCUGGUGGAAAGGACUUUGUGGUCAAUAGUCCUUCUGAAGUAACGACAGGUCAGCUUGAGGAAUAUGGACUUCGACUGGCAGAGUAA